AUGAAAAAUGGUUUCUUCAAAGCUAGAGGGAGUGAAGAAACAAUACAAACAAAUCACCAUUUUGUGACUCAGGCUUUUCAAGAUGAAAACCACAAAGAUUUCGAAACAGUGAAACAGGAAAAUAAUGAUAUUGAAGAAAAAAGAGACUACUUGGAACUUUUAAAAGUUCCUUUGUUAAGAUCUUUAUCACAAAGUAAUGAUUUAAAGCAAUUAAAAUUUAAUACAUUUAAUUUACCCUAUUAUACAACUGAAAUGAAAAAAGAUGAGAUCGAACUUGAUGAAGCAGAAACCAACAAUCAGGGUAGACUGAUUAAAUCUAGGCAGGACAACCACGAGCGCCACCCCAAAUGUUCUCGAAACGGCCCUUGCCAACUUAGCUGUGAAGUGAGCAUUAGUUGUGAAUACACUGCGAAGAUAACUACAAUAAUUUGCACGUUCGCUCAAGUACAUUGGUGUCCAUUUGUCGUGGAGCGCGCACCGUUGCUUGAAUUAUUCAUCGGCAUAUUAAGCCGGGACCCAAGCAAAGCCUGGCAUAACGUAUAUUAUAUAGGUGUUAAAAUGGCGCUAAAGUACUUUUUAGUGAUUUUGACGUCUGCUGCAUUAGUGCUGGGGACGGGCGAGUGGAGUGAGGAUGCUGAAGAUUUAGUAUCAACAGUGGACGUGGACGCAGUGCUUGGUCGGACUGCAUCUCUGCCGUGUGACGUCACACCCGAUGGCAACGAGGACAGAGUCUACAUGGUGCUAUGGUUUCGUAAGAGUGGCGGGAAACCGAUAUACAGUUUCGACGUUCGAGGGCGGUCUUUCAACAAAGCCUUACAAUGGUCAGACCCGGCUGCGUUCGGUCCGCGAGCUUACUUCGCUACCGUGACGCGGCCUGUGUCUCUCACUCUAAGUUCUGUACAGCUGGAUGAUGAAGGAGUGUAUAGAUGUCGAGUGGAUUUCAAGAAUUCGCCGACUAGGAACUUCCAAAUUCGACUAACUGUAAUUGUACCACCACAUCAAAUGUUGUUGUACGACAAAUCUGGUGCCGACGUGUCAGGGGUUGUUGGUCCUCUUGAAGAAGGUUCAGCGCUGGUUUUAGUUUGUGAAGUGCGCGGAGGUCGCCCAGAGCCCGUAGUGACGUGGCUCGUAGACGGAAAACCGGUACAAAAGUACAUCGGAGUGAAAACCGAUACACAUGUAAUUGUGAAUCGGUUAGAAGUCCAACAUCUAAGCCGGGAGCACCUCAAUACAACGUUCAAGUGCCGAGCCACGAACACUCAUCUCGUGCCGCCUCAGGAGAAAUCUGUGCGAUUAGAAAUGACUUUACCCCCUCUUUCGGUAUCACUCCUGUACCGUCCACAACAGCUCAUAGCGGGUUCGGCCGCGACCCUCCAAUGCGUGUCUGAAGGCAGCCGACCGCCAGCUCUCAUCACUUGGUACAAGGACAAUAGAAGCUUCGAGAAGGAACGGGUCACAGAACGCGCGAACGAAACGUGGUCAGUUAGUACCCUUGUAUUUCACCCGACACCGAGUGACAAUGGAGUGUUCGUCAAGUGUGUUGCGACCAACCCUAGACUGCCUUCGAAAGCCAUCGACGAUCAGUUACAACUUAAUGUUGUAUACAGUCCGCUAGUAACGCUAAGCCUGGGCAGCACGCUCAACCCGCGCGACAUCAAGGAGGGCGACGACGUGUACUUCGAGUGCGGCGUGCGAGCCAACCCGCGGGAGUAUCGCAUCUCGUGGUACCAUGAUGACAGACCUGUAAUACAAAACAUGACGUCCGGUAUCAUAGUCAGCACUCGGUCGCUAGUGCUGCAAAAGGUGACGAGACAGGAAGCCGGCAAGUACUCCUGCAGAGCGACCAAUGCAAGAGGAGAAACUGCUAGCGAACCGGUCAGCUUGAGGGUGCAAUAUGCGCCAGUAUGUGGCAUGCCGUCCCCCCGUGUGGUUGGCGCAGCGCUACACGAGGCUCUGCGCGUGCGAUGCGCGGUACGGGCUGACCCCGCUGACGUCACGUUCCUGUGGCAGUUCAAUAACAGUGGCGAGAGCUUUAACGUGUCACCUGCGAGAUAUGGCACACUAAAUGGCAGUACAAGCGAGCUUCAAUACACGCCCGCGAGCGAAAGAGAUUACGGGGCUCUAACGUGCAGGGGAACUAACAGCGUGGGACGACAGUUGCAGCCUUGUGUGUUCCAGAUUGUUCCAGCUGCCCGUCCAGCUCCUCCCCGUAACUGCUCAAUUUCUACUGGCAAUGACUCUUCCUGGAUAGAAGACGUGGCUCGAGAGGAAGUGACUGACUCUCUUGCUGUGAGAUGCGUCACAGGGUAUGAUGGUGGUCUGCCGCAGUUGCUAGUGUUGGAAGCUCUGGAUUCUACUACUGGAAUAACGAGGUUUAAUGUGACCACUAAUGAAACUAAUGGCGUAGCAAUAUUCCAAAUACCAGCCAUGGUUCUAUGGACGAGCGGCAGUUCACUCCGGUUCACAGUACAUUCGCGCAACGAUAAGGGCGCGUCCGAACGGAUCGUGCUCACAGCACUCGCGUAUACCGACCCGGAGAGACGUACAGAUGGUGGUCAAACCACGGUGGGCGGUAUGUCUCGCGGCGCGCUGUGGGCGAUCAUUUUCACGGCGGUGCUGUGCGCGAGCGCAGCUGCAUUUGGCGGCUAUUUCUUGAGGAAAAGAAGCAGUCCACCAAACAAGCAACAGUCUCCCGAACUACAACUAAACUCAGGGGACGGUCAGUACAUCGUCGCGUACACGUUGAAGCCGGCAAAACAUGCACAACCUGAUAUAUUAAACCCACCCCCAGACGGCAGCCCUCACGCGAGUAUGGAGGCCGUCAAAAAUGGCGCUCUUCACCAGUGCGACGAGUGGCCGAGCGAACAAGAACAACGAACUUCACUAUCAUCACCAAAAAGCACGUCAAGUAAAGCAACAUUCAACACGACGUUAAGUCGAAGAGAACACCUCAUAGCUGAAGAGAUACCGGGCCCGGAGAGUUGUGUAUAAACUGUAUAAUUGUAUAUAGUAGAUACUUUUAUAAAUAUUGUAUGUAUUGACUGUGAAAAUUGUGAUAAAAUGUUAAAUUUA